AUGGAUGUUGUGGGAGUUUCUUCUGACGAAAAAAGCAUUGGAAUUAAAGCAUUGGAACUGCAGCUUUUGGCGAAAGAUGGUGAAUUUGACAGAAAUGGAAAAAAGAUGGAUGGCGAUAAUUACUAG